AUGCCGCAGUACGACGAAAGUUUUAUUCAUGAUGAUAACUUAAAUCAGAGACGCAAUAAACGCAGUUAUCGUGUUUACAAAAAUGGCGUGUCUCCGUGUGUUAUUAGUGAGACACAUAAAGGCUUUGAUGGCAGAGGAGACAAAAAGCACGUUAGACAUUUAAAACACAGAGGCAAUCGGUAUAAAGUCGAGAAAUCGCCGCCUAUACAAGAAGGCGACUACAUCCAGUACAAAACACCGGAUAUUUUAAUUCACUGUCCUAGAAUUAGUGUUUUCGAUCCUAACAAGUUGAGUGAUAUAAGGAACAAUAAUGUUACAUUGACGCCUUGCAAAAGUUUUGAUAAUCUGACAUUGAAGCAGUCCAAGAAGGAUAGUUUAUUAAAUGUGACAUUAAGGAACGGCAAGAGUUUGCAAAAUUUAUCGCGCGAUGAGAGCCUCAAGCAUUACGUUUCACCUACGGAAGAGAGAUAUUCUUCGAAGAAAGGAGAUGUCAGAAAUUCCUAUUCCAUCGAAGAAGCUCGCCGAAGACCGGCGCAGAGGAGGUGUUCUCGCAGUACCGCUGUUCCCGGAGUCGGUGUUUAUAGAAAAAUCAACGGAGAUGUCGACUCUGCACAAGACAACGAAGCUUGUGCUGAAGGCGGUUCGGGUCACCGGGGGUCCUUGCGCGGCGCCAAUAAAUUAGCCCGGCGCGCGCGCUCCUUCAAGGACGAUCUGCUCGAGCGCAUAUCCAAUAUGCGUUCUCCUGCGCAGCAUCCGCCCCAUCUCUCCUCGAAUAUCAGGUCGCAUUCCCCGCUUAGUCCGAAGCUGCGGAGUAUGGGGAAGGCAAACGCGCCGCAAGAUAACGAAACCACUCCCGCCAAAGAACUAGAACGGCUAGUCAAAGAGGUUCGAUUCGGCUUAAAACAUUUCUCAGAUGUCAUCACAAAAAGGAAAUUGGAGAUGUUGCCGGAUAACGGUACGAUCGUUUUCGAAUCGAUCGCAAAUAUACAUAAGGCUAUAAAGCCGUACUGCAGUCGAUCCCCAACGCUCAUGAGUGCAGUGAAGCGGUUAUGUACAGCCCUGGCGAUGCUAAUAAGACUCUGUGAUGAAGUGACAGUGGUCAGUUUAAGGGCGGACGCGAAUGAUACAGAGACAGAGGUUUCGACGGCAGCCCUAUCUCCCGAGAAUGUGAACUCUGUGGUCAAGGGUUUGAAGUUAGCUGUGGAGGAAGUGGCGAGUUUAGCCCAGCAGUACAUGACGAGGCCAGCGCUUUCGCCGCGACCAGCUGUUGUUUCGCCGCGCGCGUCUACGCAAAGAAACUCUCUACCAGAUAUACCUCUAACGCCAAAAGAAAGAUCCCUACUCACUGGUGAGCCAGGUACUGAGAAUAGCGGCGUACGCGCAUCGCACUCGUCCGAGUCGAUAUUGGAUGCUCCAGACACACCGCCUCCGAAGCCAGCUAGGCCUAAUCGGAAAAUCGAGUUGGCCCCACCUCUGCCGCCCAAGCGCAAGUCUGCAAACGACAACUCGUUGCUCGGGGUGUCGAUUGACAGUCUGUCUAUGCAGUCACAUAGUAGCGGCUCCCAGGAUUCAAUGCUCAACGUAUCCAAUGAUGAAGAUAGGAAUACACAUGAUUCUAUGAACCAUGUCUUUAUCACUCAACCCAGUACGGAUUUAGUCAGUAUUUGUAAUUGUAACAAUAUAAACGAGAUGAGGACGUCAGUGGAAUCGCACGAGUCGCAUAUGAGUAACGCUCAUUCUCAUAAUCGCUUCUCAAACGAGUCUGGCUUCGUCUCGGUGGGCCACUCGGAGAUGUCGACAGAGCACAGCUUCACUUCCACGUUCUCGUCACAUCACUAUUCUAGUCACACGGACAGUACUUUUGAAAGUACAGAGUUUGUGAGCGAAAUGAAGUGCACAGUGCAAAGUGAGAGCCGCAUGAAUAUUAUCAGUGUGAACAGUUUGACAUCACAAAGUACGAAGUUGGAGAGUAUAACGUCAGACGAGAGCGAGACGCCGCCCGAGCUGCCGGUGAAGACGCGCCGCAACAUCCGCGCUGAUGUGCAGCAGCACUUCCCCAAUGUUGAAAUCAGGAAAAGCCCGCCAUUUUCACUGCACGACGCGCGACCACAUACACUCGCCGAACACAACCACCAGAGGCCACCACCGCUGCCGCUAAAGAAGAAACACAUAAUGGCUUACAUGGAGAUGUUUGGCAACUGCAGUCACACUAUGAACGCUCAUCCACAAAUUAACCCGGAGGCACCGCUCGAUAUGGCCUUCAGACACUCCAUUCACACAUACAAUUUGACUAGUGCUCAACAUACAAGCACUGGAGGGCUGAGUAUAGGUCAUCACCAAGUUCAAAGAUCGCUGGCCUCAUCGAUGACCGUACAACAUCUGAGCACGCCCCCCCUCAGUGGCUCUGAGGACAGCGUCAGUAUGAUAACAUCGAACAGAACAAGCCCGUUGCCCAUCGAGCCACCAGCUCUGCCGCCAAAGAUGAACAAAACCAAGCAGGUAUCAAUUACUUCGAGCAACGAGUUGUUGCCACCCCCAUCGCCGCGUCCUUCUUCACAUAACAGCAGUUCUGCGGAUGAAUCUAUACUAAAUAACGUGAGUACGGAGGAAAUGUACGUAAGUGUGUCGUCUCCUGGCAAGUUUCCUCUGGAUGAAGACGAGCUGGACAGACUCGUCCAGCCGGCCCCAUCGCCUGUUCCCUCACAGAGGAGUGAAAGCAGCACAGAGCCAACACAAACGGAAACAGAGAAGGAUCCAGUCGUGCCAGACUCUGAGGAUAUUGUCCUUCAAACGGAUGUCAGUACGUGGCUUUUGCUCAAGGGACCAACUAAAGAUGGCGUGGAUGUGCGAGGGGGGCACCCUGAUGCCCUCAUAGUACUCGCUACGAAGGCUACCAAAGAUUUCGCAUACCAGGAGGCGUUCCUGGCGACGUACCGCACGUUCCUGACUCCGACCGAGCUGGUGACACGGCUCGUCCGACGAGCGAACCAUUUCCGUCCGCGUCCGCAUGAACUACGGUCUACACUGGGCUUGCUUACGAGGGUCAUUGCUGAUCUCACAAUGUCAGAUUUGGAUAGACCCCUUAUGCAGCAGAUAAUGGAAUUUAUUUAUUGGCUUGUUGAGGCGGAAGAGCUGCCCAUAUCAAAGGCGCUUCGCCAAAUUUUAGUUGAUAAACAGAAACAGUUACAUUUCCAAAACACUAACAACAGAUAUGAGUACGAUCCGUGUUACGGUACAGUGUCACUACGGCGAGACACUCUCCUCGAUUUCAAAGCAUCGGAACUGGCGGAACAGAUGACUGUGUUAGAUGCGGCUUUGUUUGUACGAAUCACUACUGCGGAACUGCUAUCUUGGCCCCGAGACCAGUCUGAGGAGAAGUCGCCAAACCUCACGCGGUUUACCGAGCAUUUCAACAAGAUGAGCUUCUGGGCAAGAUCUAGGAUCUUAGAUCAGGAUGAGGCCCGAGAACGAGAGAAAUACGCAAGUAAAUUCCUCAAAGUGAUGAAGGCGCUGCGUAAAAUGAACAAUUUCAAUUCCUACUUGGCGCUAGUGUCAGCGCUUGACUGCCCUCCCGUACGGCGACUUGGCUGGUCUCGCGCGAUUGAAGAUGCCCUGACAGACCAUUGCGCGCUCAUAGAUUCGUCUAUGUCCUUCCGGGCGUAUAGACAAGCCCUUAACGAAACUCAACCACCGUGCAUACCUUAUAUUGGUCUAUUCCUGCAAGAUCUUACCUUCGUUCAUGUCGGAAAUCAAGAUUUAUUACCUGACGGUAGCAUUAAUUUUACAAAGAGAUGGCAACAGUACCAUAUUAUGGAAAAUAUGAAAAGGUUUCACAAGGAGCAAUAUAAAAUCAAGAAGAACGAGCGUAUCCAAGCCAUGUUCAACGAAUUCGACGACGUGCUAAGUGAAGAGACGAUGUGGCAGAUAUCAGAGACGAUUAAACCUAGGGGAGGUGAUCGCAAAGGUGCGAAUAAAAUCCAAAGAAAUCGAAUAUGGACUGAAUCGACUCGGAAACUAAUUACUCACGAGGAAUUGCAUUCUGAAUUCGGCGAAUACUUCGAGGGGGAUAUGGUAUUGAGUACUUCACAAAUUCAGGAUAUCAGAACAGCGAAGCAAGUACGCAAUGGCCUUCGAGAAGGCACAAAACGAUGGCCAAACCAGACCGUUGUUUAUUAUUUUGCAGAGGGCGACUUUGACGAAGAUCAAAUAAAGAUGAUCGAAGAGGGAAUGGCAGAUAUCGCGAAUAAGUCAUGCAUAAAAUUCGCAGAGCGGAUAAAAGACGAACACGCAUUGAGGAUUCAGGGGUCAUCAAGUGGUUGUUAUUCGAGUGUGGGAUACACGACAGAAGACACAGACGAGGAUGAUGAACCGGCGCAGGUAUUAAAUCUUGCUAAACGUUGCUUCAAACAUGGUACUGUGGUACACGAAAUGCUGCAUACACUAGGGUUUUAUCAUAUGCAAAGUACAUAUGACAGAGACGAGUUUGUGGAAAUCAUUUGGGAUAAUAUAAAAUCUGGUCACGAACAUAACUUCGAAAAGUACAACAACGAUACUGUAACAGAUUUUGGAAUCCCAUACGACUACGGAAGUGUCAUGCACUAUCCAAGUGUUGCGUUCUCCAAAAAUGGAAACAAGACAAUAGUUCCAUUGCAGGAAAACGCAAAGAUAGGACAAAGAAAGGGCAUGUCAGAAAGCGAUGUUAUUAAACUAAACAAAAUGUAUUGCGAUACACCUGACAAGGACUUAGAUACCGAGAAUGAUUAUUUCUAA